AUGAUUUCGCGCAUGUCAGUCAGAACACACACCCAGACAGAAACGCUAACAAAACAAGAUUCGAUGAAUAUGCUGAAAAAUAUAAUAAAAUUAGGAAUAAGUCUAGUGACAUAUUUACGAAAUUUAUUUGAAGAAAACGCAUAUGAAGAAGUGCAUAUCCAAGAAUUAAAAUUAAAAAAACUUCUUCCAAUAAAUCGAGAAGCACACAUGAUAAUUAAUUGGCUAGAGAAAGGUGUAUUUGAUGCGAUAGAAAAAGAAUAUUUAAGAAUUUUAAUUUUAGACAUAAAUGAUAUAUAUGAUAAUUCAAUCGAGUGCUAUAAAUUUAGUUUUUCUUACAAUUCAUUUAUGGGUGGAAAAAUUGGAAUUACUUUAGAGACAUCAAAAAAUAAUCCCAGUAAUGUAUCUACAGAUAACAUAGUGGAAGAAAAAAGAAAAAAUUUUAACAUAGACAGAUUAAAAGAUAUAAAAGACAGAUUAUUGAAUAAAAACAAAAAAAAAAAAGAAACUUCAUUAUGUUUUAAAAAAGAUGCAAAACAAAAGACAUAUGAAUUGCUUAGGUCAUUAGUACUUCUGACACAAACAUUAAAUCCAUUACCUGAAAGAACAUACCUCUCGAUGAAGUUACUCUACUAUGAUGAAAUUGUUCCUUACAAUUAUCAACCUCCAUAUUUUAGAAAUCCAGAUAGUAAAGAUUUAUUAAAAUUUGUUAAUAUACCGAAUGAAGAACAUGUUGGAAAAGUAGAUACAGGGCAUCACUACUUAUCCAUUAUUGUCAAUUCUACGUGUAACAAUCAUGACGAACAAGCAUCUUCAUACAACUGUACUGAUGUGCACAAUCAGGACACGAGUAAUUCAAGUACCCAUUAUGCCAAAGUGGUGAAUGGAGAUUAUUAUCAGUAUGAUAAUAGUGAAAGUGAAUAUCACUCGAAAGAAAAAAAUCAACAUGGACAGAACAAUAAUAAGGACUUCUAUUUACAUACAGAUAGGAAUAAUGAACAUCCCUAUGGUUAUCAUGGUGUCAAUCAUAAUGGUGAUCAUAAUAAGUAUGUUGAAUAUGAUGAAGAGAAUUGCUAUAAACCUUUUCACUUUGACGAAAGCAGAUAUACAUAUCUGAAUAAGCGAUUAUCGAAAAAAAGACAUAGAAAACAAAACAAGAAUCAAUAUAUUAUUAUCGAUGAUGAGGAAUAUGAUGAUCAGGAGGAGGUGAAAAUGAGUAACUGUCACAUCAGUGAAGGCGUCUAUGGUAGAAGUGGAAAUAAUCGGAUUGUUGAUAAUCAUAACGCCGCUCAGGAAAAUCAUGUGGAAGAUCGAAGUGAUGACUAUGAUUAUUAUGACGAAUAUGAUGAUGAAUCGGUUAAUGAUUACAAUAAUGAAGAGGAAUAUUCCAGUUUUAGCAAUGAGCAGGUGCAAAAAGGAACGAAAAGGAAUUUAAAACUAAUAGGAAGAAAAAAGAGAAAAACAUUUUUAGCCCCAUCUUUUUCUGCAAACCAAAGUUAUGAUAAUAUGUCACCUUCUCGAGCCAGAUCAGUAGAGUGUAGUAAUGAUCAAGAUUAUAGUAGUAACUCAGAAAAUAACGAAUAUUACAACAAGGUUGGGAAAAUGCUCGUACACACCCAUAGAUAUGACGACGAUAAACAUGAUUGUGUGCAGGUAGAAAAGAGAGAAAUAGAACAAAUUAAGAGAAAGAAAAAUAAAUAUUGGGCUGCCAAUAAGAAGGUGUACGAUAAUAGUUACUAUAGUAGUAAUCCAUAUAGGAGUAACAUAGAAAAAAUAGCUACGAGGUUGUAUGGUACUUCUUAUGGGAAAAAACUCCCUUAUGAUAGAAGCAGGGACGAAGUCACCAAUGAACUGAAUAAAACUUAUGAUAUUCGAAAAAAGAGUAUGGAAAACACAAAUCGUUUGAACAAGUCCCAUAAAUUGGAUCUACCGAAUCCAUUCCUUGACAAAGAUAUAGAAAAAAAGUGGAUUAAAAAUAAAUAUGAGAAUAAAAAAAAUUGUGCCAAAACACACAAAAAUAAAUUCCUUAUGAAAAUAAAAAAUAAAAAAAAGGAAAAAUUAGUCUGCAAAAAUUUAAAGAAUAAAAAAACAUUUCAGAAAACAUUCAUGCUUAAAUAUAAAAAGAAAAACAUGCUGCAUAGUAUAAGAAUCUAUAUCACUAGAUACAAAAUUCUGAGUAAGACAAAAAUUAAGCAAAAAUUUCCAAAUGUAACCAAUUGCGAUAUUGACACUGUUUUGCAUAAACUCAUGAAAGACAACAUUAUUCGGAAAAAUGGAUGUGAGUCAUACACUUUUGUUGACGAUAAAGGUUGUAAGAAGAAGAACCUUCAGAAAAGGUACGACCCACAGGUUGAUUACUAUCAAACGCAACAGCAAGUGGAGCUACAAAACCAAGGGGAGAAAUGCACGGGAAAAACAGUUGAAAGUCGGGACGACGAUUACACGGAUUUUCAAAACGGACGACACAAAGAUGUAAGACGGGAAAGCGGUGAAUCGAAUAGCCAUCUAGAUAAGAAAUCAAAUAGUGAUCUUGAUCAGAAAGGAAAGAGCGAUAUAUGUAAGGAACGAAAGAGCGAUAUAUGUAAGGAACGAAAGAGCGAUAUAGGUAAGGAACGAAAGAUCGAUAGAGCAAACGAGCCUGCCAAGGACGCCAGAAGGGACCCCCCGACGACACACCAUCCCGCGGAGCACGUGGAAAAUGAAGAUGUGAAUUUCACCAACGUGUCCAAAGAGGAGAGCGUACAAAAUUGCGGAAUCGAAAAUAGUUUUGAAAAUAUUAACCAAAGUAGUCAUCAAAGUAGUCAUCAAAAUAUUCUGAUAAAUAAUAUUUCUGAAUCUUUCGAAAGUCAAGGGAGACACUCAUAUCAUAUGGAAGGAGAAAAUGAGAAUAAUAUAAACGAAAUAAAUAAUGACAUCCAAAAGCUUUACAACGAUGUUCAUAACUUAUGUCUUAAAACUAAAUAUAUCAACAAGGAAAUUGUCACAAAGGGACUUGGCAUUUAUCCAUUGUUAGCCAAACCGUUGAUAGAUAGACUCAUGCGAGAAGGAGUUAUAAAAAAAAAAAUCAUAAAAAAUAAGGGUUAUGAAAGUAACAUAUUUGUCCCCAUGGAAAAUAAUUUCACGAUGAACAAUCGAAUCGACGAUACAAAUCAACCAGAUAUCCUUCAUUCAUGUGACGCCCUUGAGGGUGACUUCUCCCAUACGAACGAUCUGCAGAAUUAUGUCGAAAAUUGA